AGCUAAAAUUGACGACAAAACAACCACAACCUCUAUCAUCUCUGCUUCUGCAAUCUCGCGAUAAUGGCCAGAAGCCAGAACAUCGUGGCAUCCGUGCUUAUUUUUCUCACGCUCUUUUUAAUUGCAAGCCUAUCCACAUCCAAUGAUUAUGUUUCCUUCCGCGCCGCCCCGACGACAACCACGACUGUCACCCACACUGUCCUCUUCCAGUUCAAAGCAGAUGCAAACCCUGAGCAUGUCCACGCUGCAUGUGCGCGUUUCCUUUCGCUGAAGGACGCUUGCAUCCAUCCAACCACCCAGACUCCCUACAUCACGUCCUUGCAAGGUGGGAAGGACAACUCGGCUGAAGGACGGCAGAAUGGAAUAACCCAUGGGUUCAUCGUCGAGUUUGCCUCGGCUGAGGACAGGGACUACUACGUCGGGACGGAUCCGAUCCACCAGGCUUUCGUCAAGAGCCUUGACGGGUUGGUUGAGAAGGCUAUCGUUAUCGACUUCAGGAAUGGCGUCUAUUAGCUGGCUGCAUCUUGUCAGACCUUGCAACUUUUCUUGGUCUUGGUUGCGAAGAUCUUAAACGAACCUCAUAAAAUAAGGGGAGGGGGGAUAAGGGGGGGAAUCCGUCUAACAUCCCCUUGGGGGUGAAUGGUGGAGUAAAAUCUCCCAGGCACACACCCAUUGGUUGUCAAAGUCUCUGCUUAAUAUCUGCCACUUUCUUAUGUGUACUCUCUAUGGCUGGAGGCACACCAU